AUGGGCCGCCGCGGUCUCGGCACAACUGUAGAUGCAGCAGACGUGGCUCAGGCGCGAAAGUACUGCUUGAACCAGCUCAGAAAUGGCGACUAUGAAGCCUAUCUCAUCCGGCACUUCAUCCCUCGAUCGGUGCAGGACGCCUACGACGCCCUCCGGACGCUGAACCUUGAGCUGGCUCGCCUGCCCGAGACCGUGUCGAAUCCGACGAUAGGCCGUUUCCGUAUGCAGUUCUGGCGAGAUACGGUCAAAACUACUUUUGCUGGCAACCCGCCAAGAGAACCCAUCUCGAUCCUACUUCACAGUGCUAUCACGAACCUCACAGCCCGAGCAGGGGCCGGCGGUGCAAGCUCGCUCAAAUUUUGGCUCUUGCGCUUGAUCGACACGCGGGAGAAGCGCAUGGAGAACAAGCCCUUCGUCAGCUUGGCGGGUUUGGAGGACUACGCCGAGAACACGUAUGCCACGCUGAUGUACAUGACCCUCGCCGCCAUGCCGCUGCGGUCGGUGCAUAUGGAUCAUCUAGCAAGCCAUAUCGGCAAGGCGUGCGGCAUCGCCGCCACGUUGCGGGGCAUUCCCGUCCUUGCGGCACCCUCACGGCCGAUCCAGGGUCCUUCGGGAUCUAGUGUUGGAAACACCAGGAGCCCCGCACUGCUACUCCCUCUCGAUGUCAUGGCUGAGGUGGGCUUGAAGGAGGAGGAUGUCUUCCGCCGCGGUCCGCGGGCUGAGGGGCUGCAGGAAGCUGUCUUCGAGGUCGCCACACGGGCCAAUGACCAUCUCAUCACGGCGCGAGAAAUGCUCAAGAAUCUGCAGUCUGGAAAGGAACCCGGGCAUGACUACGAGCAUCAAGGGGAGCCUGAGCACAAGUAUUCCGGUACGCUGCACGGCGGUGAGGACACAAUAUCCGACAUCCAGCGUGGCUUCAGCGUGCUUUUGGAGGCCAUCGCGGCCGGGGACUACCUUCGGCGACUAGAGAGGGCUAACUUUGACCCGUUCAAGGUCAAGGCUGGCUGGAAUCUCCCUUGGAGGCUCUGGGGGGCACACAAGCGUCACGAAAUAUAA